AUGACGCAGGUACAGCUUCCCUCUCAGGAGAAGGCGCCCCUCUCACCAUCUCGUGCAUCACGGCAGUCGAGCAUGAGCCCUACGAAGAAGGUCAACGAGAAGGCUGCGGCCAUCCGAAAGAGCUUCCAGCGGCCGAAGUUCUGGGUGAUGGGCUUUGGCUGGUGCCUGGCUGCUUGUGCCGGUGCAGCCAACGUCAUCGCCUUUAAGAACUGGGGGCUCUAUGCGUCGCAUGUGACAGGGAGCACGUCCGCCAUGGCAUUCCGCCUCGAGGGCUACCACACGGGCGAGUACGGCAGCGAGACUUUGAAGGAAGCCUUCUCUCUGGUCUUCUCGUUUCUGGUGGGGGCAUAUGCGUGUGGCCUCCUCAUCGACAAGAACCAGGUGCACUUCAUGGGAAAGGCGUUUUACGGACUGGCUCUCAUCUUGAAUUCUUCCUUGCUCAUUGCGGCAGCCUUCACACCUGGCCGACUGGUGCCCGCAUGCCUUGUGGCAGCCGCCUGCGGGCUGCAGAAUGCCAUGUGCACAUCGCACUUCGGCGCCAUCAUCCGCACCACGCACGUCACCGGAACUGUCACAGACAUUGGCUCCACUCUGGGCCGCAUCAGCAUGAUCUUCUUGAGGAAGGCUUGCCGCUGUGCUCCCUUGAACGCCAUUGACCGUGCAGAAAUCGGCGUAGACGCGCGCAAGUUGGGGGUGCUGGCAGGGUUGUGGACUUUCUACUUGACGGGAGGUCUCAUCGGGAUCUACAUGGAGAACAUCAUUCCAGGGCCGCAGGCCCUUCUGGUGCCGGCUUCCGUGACUGGCAGCAUUGGGCUGUUCUACAUGGCCUGCCGUCAGCUUCUCAAGGAAUUUAUCAAAAAGUUGGAGCAGGAUCGCUUCGCCGCAGACCUCAAAGAGGCACAGGACGCUCUUGCCCACAUGAACGACCGUCUCCAUGACAUUACGGCUGGCCCUGGCGAUGACAAGCUGGUUGUCGAUUUGGACGAAGAGAUGGGUCACAUGAUCGAGGCUUUGCACGAAGUCGAGGUCGACUUCGACAAUGUCUACUACCACCCUGAGCGACAG